GGCCACGGCCGGCCACGCGCCCCCCGCGUGCAUCAUGCAGCUCUUUGUCACCUCUCUCGCCCCCAGGCCAAAAUCCUGAGCAUGAUGGAAGACAAUAAGCAGCUCGCGCUCCGCAUCGAUGGGGCGGUCCAGUCGGCCAGCCAGGAGGUGACCAACCUGCGAGCCGAACUCACGGCCACCAACCGGAGACUGGCGGAAUUGAGCGGCGGAGGCGGCGGCCCCGGCUCGGGCCCGGGAGCUGCGACCAGCGCCUCGGCAGCAGCGGUGACGGUGGCUGACUCGGCGGUGGCGACCAUGGAGAACCAUCAGCACGGAGCUCAAGUGCUCCUGCGGGAGGAAGUGGUCCAGCUUCAGGAGGAAGUACACCUUCUCCGGCAGAUAAAGGAAUUGCUGGCAAAAGACCUGGAGGAGUCACAGGGCGGCAAAUGCUCCGAGGUCCUCUCAGCCACUGAGCUCCGGGUGCAGCUGGUACAGAAGGAGCAGGAACUGGCCAGAGCCAAAGAGGCCUUGCAAGCCAUGAAAGCUGACCGGAAGCGCUUAAAGGGCGAGAAGACCGACCUGGUGAGCCAGAUGCAGCAGCUGUACGCCACGCUGGAGAGCCGAGAGGAGCAGUUGCGAGACUUCAUACGUAACUAUGAGCAGCACCGUAAGGAGAGUGAGGACGCCGUCAAAGCGCUGGCCAAGGAGAAGGAUCUGCUGGAGCGAGAGAAAUGGGAUCUUCGGCGGCAGGCCAAGGAGGCCACGGACCAUGCUGCGGCCCUGCGCUCCCAGCUGGACCUCAAGGACAACCGUAUGAAGGAGCUGGAGGCCGAGCUAGCCAUGGCCAAGCAGUCCUUAGCCACACUGACCAAGGAUGUUCCCAAGAGGCAUUCACUCGCCAUGCCCGGCGAGACGGUGCUCAAUGGCAACCAGGAAUGGGUGGUGCAGGCUGACCUCCCACUGACUGCUGCCAUCCGGCAGAGCCAACAGACUCUCUACCACUCCCACCCUCCCCACCCUGCAGACCGGCAAGCGGUCAGGGUGAGCCCCUGCCACUCAAGACAGCCCUCCGUCAUCUCCGAUGCUUCCGCUGCUGAAGGCGACCGGUCAUCUACACCGAGCGACAUCAACUCCCCAAGACACCGGACACACUCCCUCUGCAACGGCGACAGUCCCGGCCCAGUUCAGAAGAGCCUGCACAACCCUAUUGUACAGUCACUAGAGGAUCUUGAAGACCAAAAACGGAAAAAGAAGAAGGAGAAGAUGGGAUUUGGCUCCAUCUCUCGAGUCUUCGCCAGAGGGAAGCAGCGGAAAUCCCUCGACCCGGGCCUCUUUGAUGACUCCGACAGCCAGUGCAGCCCCACACGCCACAGCCUCAGCCUGUCUGAGGGGGAGGAGCAGAUGGACCGUCUACAGCACGUGGAGCUGGUGAGGACCACGCCCAUGUCCCACUGGAAGGCUGGCACAGUGCAGGCCUGGCUGGAGGUGGUGAUGGCCAUGCCCAUGUACGUCAAAGCCUGUGCGGAGAAUGUCAAGAGUGGGAAGGUGCUUCUCAGCCUGAGUGACGAGGACCUGGAGUUGGGACUAGGCGUGUGCAGCUCUUUGCACAGGCGGAAGCUCCGCUUAGCCAUUGAGGACUACCGAGAUGCCGAGGCGGGCCGCAGCCUGUCCAAAGCUGCUGACCUGGACCAUCACUGGGUGGCCAAGGCCUGGCUGAAUGACAUUGGCCUGUCCCAGUACUCCCAGGCCUUCCAGAACCACCUGGUUGAUGGGAGGAUGCUGAACUCACUGAUGAAGAGGGAUCUGGAGAAGCACCUGAAUGUAUCCAAGAAGUUCCACCAAGUUAGCAUCUUGCUGGGGAUCGAGCUGCUGUACCAAGUGAACUUCAGCAGGGAGGCUCUCCAGGAGCGCCGAGCUCGCUGUGAAACACAGAAUACAGACCCUGUGGUCUGGACCAACCAGCGGGUGCUCAAGUGGGUUCGAGAUAUUGACCUGAAGGAAUAUGCAGACAACCUGACCAACAGCGGUGUCCACGGUGCUGUGCUGGUCCUGGAGCCCACGUUCAAUGCCGAGGCCAUGGCCACCGCCCUGGGCAUCCCCAGCGGGAAGCACAUCCUCAGGAGACACCUGGCAGAGGAGAUGAGUACCAUCUUCCAUCCGGCCAACUCCACAGGCAUCCGGGAUUCUGAGCGCUUUGGGACACCACCUGGCAGGGCCUCCAGCAUCACCAGAGCUGGGAAAGAGGACAGUAGUGGCAACAGCAAGUACAGAGCUGGCCGGCUGCCCCUGGGGAAGAUAGGAAGGGGCUUCAGCAGCAAAGAGGCCGACUUCCAUGAUGACUAUGGCUCUCUUGAGAAUGAGGACUGUGGGGAUGAAGACCUCCAAGGCAGGCCCGAACACUGCCGCCUGGAGGGAUACAGCAGCUUGGAGGUCACCAACGUGUAAGAAAGCCUCAUGACUCAACUCCAGAAGAGCAGGGAGGAGAAGCAGUCCAAUGUCCCAGAGCCAUCCAUCCCCACUGUACAGCGUGACCCGGGGCUGAGGACAGAUGGGGUGUCAGAACAGAGUUCCCAGAGACGGUCACAGUUUCCAGGGAGCACCAAGGACAGAGAAUGCCCACCUAGGUGUCUUGUAUCUCUGAGGACAUUAUCACCCAGCAUCGACCCAGCGGGUGGCCCUGUGGCUGCUGUUCAAAGUACAAGCCAGGUGCUGCUGGUACUUUACCCUGGACUUUCAAGGAAGGGUCAGGAAGGGUCAAUCUUUGAGCCUGGAACACCCUGCCGGAAGGAGCAGGAAACCCAGCCAGCCUUGGCAGAGCCAGGGGCACUGAGAACCAGUUGCAAAGCCAGCCAGCAGCGGCCAGGUGGUGAACACUGACCGUCAGCCCACUGGGCAGAGAACUUGAACUCUGACCUCCUCACUCACUCUGGAAGGAUGCAAAAUGGCCUGGGUAUUUCUUCCACAUUAAGAGCAGCACAUCCUGAGGUGGAUAUUCUGGGAUCAGGAGGGGAAUCUCUACAGGGCAGAGCGGCCUAGGGGCUACAGACAUCCUGUCACCAGAAUGAAUGUGAUUUCAAGAGUGGGAGGGGAUAGUUACUGAGUCCCAAACAGCUAUUCCAAGUGUGGGCAUAAAAUGGGAGAGUGCCUGUCAUUAAUCCAACAAACCUCUUUUGUGAUGUCCCUGUCAGCUGAGACAGGUAAGCUCACCCAUGAGCUAACAGAGGUGCAAAUCCCACAGAACAAGGUCACCACGUUGUCAGGGUAGGGCCUUUCUAGCCUCUGUCUUGGUCUGCCAGUGUUUGGCUGUGUGGUUUCCUCCCAGUGGCCUCAUCUCUCUGUUUCUCAGUGUCUUACCUAUAAUACUUCCGGUUCUUCCCAGGGGAGUUGUGAGGACUAACAUUCGCUAAUAUUUGUUCCAAGCUUUGAACCUCUCAGGAAACAGCUGGAAGAUCGGGGAGGAAGGAGCCUAACUUCCACCUACAACAUUUGCAGACACCGGGCGAGUUCGAUCCAUGUUGGAUCGGGAGAUAGAAAAGAGGGGCGUGCAGAAUGUUUAAUAUUGAGAGUUUCCGAAAGCCAGGUCUGGGAGAGCCACCAGCACAGCCUGCGGGCUUACUGGGUGCAGGGUCCAAGCUGACUGAGCAGAAAUAGGGUGACAGGGAGGAUUGCAGGCAGCUGGGCUCUGUACCAGCUCUCCUCAGAUUCCCACAGCUGACAGCACGGGGUGUGUGGGGCACAGCCUCUGAGCCACCAAAGCCAGUCUUCUGCAGUGGUACAGUGAGCUUCCCUUUGAGGGAAGACCACACGGACGGAGCCUAUGAACCUGAAAGUCACUGAUCCUCAUGUUAAAGACAUGGGUCCUGCAGGCACAGUCUCCCUCACAACCUGAGUCCAGGGGCCUCAGAGACUGGGAGGAACCUUUCCUUCUGAGUCUCAGCCUCCAAAGCACACAUGGCACAUACCAGGACUCGCAGGGUCAACCUCGGGGGUAUAACCCAGCUUGGCUCAGGUUCUAUACCCCUGAGUGUUUAUAACAUGCAUUCCCCACCCCUGGAAUCCUGAAGCAACUGAGCUCUUAGCCCAGCAAGGAGAGGGCGAGGUCCUUUUCUAAUUGAAGCCAGCUGUCACCUUUAAAGCAAGUUCCUAAAGGGUGACACAGCUUCAGGAGCCAGGAAUAUACUGGCAGCCUUCCUGGAAAUGUUGCUGGCUAUAUGGGCUCCUUGCAAGGACAGAGUCUAGGUAUCGAGAGAUUCCACACUUACUUUUUACAGGCUGGGAGGCCUACAGCAUCAGACGGCUCCUUCCCAGUGGACUCUGGGCUUCUCCAUCCAUAUCCAGUGGUCACUUUUAGUAGAUUCUGUCUUGACUCCUCACCGCAGGAUGCAGGGGUUGUCAAAGGACUAGGUUCAGAAGUGGAGAGAGGGGCUCUCUCCUAAGCCUGGCCUGCACGGAACAAUUAGAACAGGGACCCCCCCCCCAAAGUCUGAGGUCAAAGGUAGGUGGGGUCCUGGCAGAUGUAAAUCUGGACUGCAGGAUCACAAAAAGAGAUCUACUAGGAUCAUGACAGCCCUUCCCAGAAGGCCAAGGACACUUCACAGGUUGUGCGGGAACGUGUCUCCUUGGUGGUGGCACCUGGGUCUCACGUUAUAGAAGCCAGUGUGGAUGGUAAUGAUGUCCCUGACCCAUGAAGGGUUUGUAAAAUGCACAGCAAGUGAACAGUGAACUGAGGUGUCCCACACCUUCCCAGAGGGAAUUUUAACAAUGUAACAAUAAAUGCCUGGCCUUGCGGCAAUCCUU